AUGCCCGAGGGGCGUGUGCUCGAUGCUUCUCGGCCCGUGCGGCACAAGAAGAGGGAGGUGGUGGAAGCUUUGCCGCGUGAAUACUACCUGGCAAGGUCACGGAUGGAACGGUUCGAUGUAAUGGAGGAGCUCCGGCAGAUGCACUCUGCUGAAGCACGUCGGCACAACGACAGUCUUACGAUUCCGCCACUUGGACUGGUCGAGCGCAAGUGUCCCUACGGAGCUCCGCUCCCGGUCAAGAAAUCUCGCCCAAAGAAGGCGAACCUUCAGCUCCAGACGGCGUUGCAAGCAUCACAUUCGCAGCCCGUCCUUCCAUCCACAGAAAACCCACAGAACGAAAAGAAAAAGUAUCCCGGCCUUAUCCUUUUGGAGAUCCCGUACGAUCCCACGACCUUCCCCAAUGAGCACGACGAGCGCAUUCGAGCCAUUGACGGGCAAAUUGCCGACAAAGAGCUUUCCCUUGAAAGGUCCGACAGCGAAGGGGCGCUCAGGAUGAGGCAGAGCUUCAGUGCCAAGGCUCCCGAAUUCCACUUCGACCAUCUGCCGGAUGGAACUAUAUCGGAGAGCACCUCGCAGUUUUUUCCUCGAAGCCACGAGAUCAUGACCGAUAUCGGUUGCGGCAAGGACCCUCGCUUCUGCCGUCCGUGGGGACCCUACGAGCGGCAUCGUGAGGCAAGGACAGCAAGGGUCCGCAUGCUUUUUGUUUGUGCUGUUAACCUCCUCAACUUCUGA